GUCACGUUCUCUCGCUGGGCUCUGUUUGUUUGGGACGGCAUCGUUCGGUUUCAUUUUAAAACGCGUCCUCAACCGAAGCGAACGCAGGUUGAGCUGGGUGUCUCCGCCGUCGUUUCGUGGUAGUAUUCGCAGUUUCGCGCAGUCGGUGGACUCCAAUCGCCUUUGGGUUGGAAUCCGAUUUUUGCAUCUCCGUUGCAUCUCCCCGUUCUCGCCGGGGUGGGAUAGUGCAUCAUCACUUCCCCGUUCACACCCCCCCGCCCAACUAUUCGCUUAUCGUGAGGUACUUACUAGGCCAAACACAACAAAACCAAGAACACGACCGUUAGCCAAACUCGGUUUGAGUUGAGUGUUUAGUUGCGUGCGCGAAGUGAUUUUGUUGGUUCUAUCUCGCUUUCGGUUUACAAAAAGGGAGAAAGGAAAGUGUCGCGAUCGCGUUGUGAAAAGUGGCAGUGAAACAAUCGGUUGAUUUGAAAACGUACUUGUACCAACCUCUACAGGAAACAACAACAAAAAACAUACAAACAAACAAACACAUAUCGAAACCAGCAUAUAUUACACAAAGCUAGACAAACAAGCACAACAGUUUGGUUUGUGGUUCGUGAUCGGUUAGCUAGCCACCCAGCUACCGCCCAGCAAAAAGGCCCGUUUGAAACCCACAACAAAUUAAUGCAAGCCGGCGGAGAGCGAAAGACUCCAGCGAAAGACAGAUUCCGACCUGUGUGUGUGUGUGAAUGUAUUCAAGUGUGUGACUGUGUGCGCGCCGUUUUCUUCCUUUCUUCUAUCAUUCCACCGGAACCACGGCACACCGGUGCGUGCACGGGGUGGAACACAACAAAAACGGUGAUAAUUAAAAUUUAUUGAAAAUCUAUGUUAAUUUGCCGCGGUUUGUCACCGAGACGAGGAAAGAGAAAGAGAGAGAGCAAGAGAGCAGUGUGUAGAGGAAGUGACCACAAAGUGCUUGCGUGUGUGUAUGUGCUUGUGUUUGUGGGUCUGUUUCGAUAGUGUUUGAGGGUGAUCUGCGGUGCGCUACUAGCAAUCGGUCUCCCCCAAAACUCCAACACACGCGGGUUCGUUGUUUCGCGCCAUUCGGUCAGACACUUGAGUUGAGGGAUACACGCGACAUCGCCAUACAGCGGUGCAGCUCGCAGCAGUGCAUCAACGGGGGUUUGUCUUCAAACCAGUGGACAACGUCGUAUCUCGGCACAAACCGUCACCAGGCAUUCGUGUUAAUUAGGGUGGCGAUUUAUGUGAAGAUUCUCCCAUCGUGAUCCUGCUACCACCACCGCUACCUGUGAACAAGAACGUGUACCAGAAGCGUCUGUAUAGGUGAAUCUGUUUCUGUGCAUGUGUGUGUGUGUGAGUGGGUGGAAAACCAAGCCAGUUUGGCACAGGUGAGAAAUUGUGAGCCAAUUUGACUACCCUGCGAGGAGAGUUCGGGUGCAAUUAAAAAGGGAACGACACUGACGGGCAACAGUGAGUGUGCCAUCAUAUCAUACCGAGUCGUCAUCGCCUGCAGACAAGUGUCCGGCUCCUGUGCGGGUUUAUAUUCCAGAACUUGCGAAGGUCGUAAACAGAACCUUGCUGUGCGGCGAGUGCGAGAGAGAGCUCAAUGCGAGGCACAGCAGUGUUGGCGAGCGUAAGCGAACUUUGUGCGUACUUGGCCCUGCCAUCGAGUGAUGGCCAGUAAUGGGGGGACUCUGCAUGGGGUUCCCCAAAGUGUGUCACAGCAGCAGCAGCAGCAUAUCUGCUCCCAGUGUGGCCUAUACUUUGAGAGUGCGUCCUCGUUGCAGGUGCAUCAUAUGCACUACCAUCAGCAUGACAGCAUGAAUCGCUGGGGUUCGUCGCAGCAGCAGCAGCAGCAGCCAGUGGUCAGUACAACGCUUGCAACGACAGCGGUCGCGACGACGACAACGGCCGCCACCAUCACAACGAACGGCUCGGUCGUCCCUUCGUCCACGACGCCCACCUCCUCCGACACGGAGAACAACAACCAGCCCGGGUCGCUUACCCCCACGGGCGGCUUGAAGCCGGUCGCUUCGCCGCAGCAGCAGCACCAUACGACGAUAGCAGCGGCCGCUGACUCGAGCGAUAAUCAGCCGCCAACGCCACAGCCCACCAUCACGGAGCCCGGAACUCCGCAAAGCUACAGUGGUGGUGGUGGUGGUACAUCACCCUACCACACUCAGCAGCAGCAACAUCAGCAGCAGCAACAGCAGCAGCAGCAACAAGUGAGUCAGCAUCAGCUAGGCCUGCCGAGCGGUGCGCCCGGCAGCGAGAUGCACUAUCCGAGCUACAUCCAUCCCGGGUACGAUUACGCGUACGCCGGCGGCCCGGGGCUCGACUAUGGCGGUGGUGGUGUGCUCGGUGCACCGCUCCAGCCGACCGACUACAAGUCCAGCUCGUCGGUCGUGUCGUCCGCCCGGUACCAUCCGUACGGUGGCCCGGGAAGCAACGGCCCUGCGGACGGUUCGUCGCCGGCCGUGGUCAGCAGCAACGGUUCGGCUGGCAUGAGCCCGCAGGUGGUAAGUUCUUCCAACGGGGUCAGCGUGGCGGGAAGUGGCAGUGCUGGAGCGGGCAGUGUAACGACGGUCGCCAGCACCACCUCCCAGUCGCAGUCGUCGCACUCGCCGCAGAAUGGGACGGGCGGGUCGAACAUUCCGCCGACUCCGUCCCCAUCGCCGAUCCAGUGCGAGAAGUGCGGGCUGGUGUGCGAGUCCGACGAGGCGCUGAACGAGCACGAGGCGACGGUACAUUCGAGCGUGCCGGUACAGUCGGCGCAGGACCAGCAGCAGCAACAGCAGCAGCGUGUCGAUCAGGUCGAUCUACAAACUGGCGGUGGUGCGAACUGCUAUCCGUACGGAGGUGGCGGCGGUACGCCCGGCUACCCCGUGAAGGAAGAGACGCCCGCCAGCGACAUCCUCGAUCUCGACUCGCAGAAGAUGGUAGGCUAUGGGGCGGGCGCGGACGGCGGGCUACUGCCACCGAUGAACUCGCUCCACCCGCUGCAGUCGAUGCAGCGCCACCCGAUGAUGGCCUGGCCGCAUCACGACCCGCACAACUUCAUGGGGCCGCCGCCGCCGCUGCCCCCUGCCGCCGCACCCUACUACCACCACCCGAUCAAGUCCGAGUACUCGGCCACCCCGUCGAUCAAGUCCGAGUAUCUCGGCGGCGGCGGAGGCAUCGGUGGUGGUGGCCAUUACGGUGCGCCCGGCGGUCCGAUGGUGAAGAACGAGUACAGCCUCGCGCCCACGCUACCGCCGCCGGCCGUUGCGCCGCAGGCGACGAACCCGCAGUCGAUGAAGCAGUACGCGGACGAGAUGCACGACAAUCAGCUCGCGACCAGCCCGUCCGACUUCCCGAGCACGACGACGCCGCAGGAAAGUGGCUCCCAGUAUCGGACGUUCGAGCCGGCCACCUCCUCGCUGCCGGGGACGGGCUCGGGCCCAACCAAGGGCACCGCGUGGAAGUCGAACGAGGCGCGCCGCCCCAAAACGUACAACUGUACCGCGUGCAACAAGUGGUUCACCAGCUCGGGCCACCUGAAGCGGCACUACAACACGACGCUGCACAAGAACGCGGUCAAGUCGAGCGGCCAGCCCGACCCGGCGACGCUGCCGAUCAGUGUGCACCAUCAUCCGGGGCGCGAUCCGAACUACGCCAACAAGGGGCGGCGCGGCGGAACCGGCAACGGUGGCGCCGGCGGCUCCGGUGGAAGCGGUGGCGCCGGUGGCGGUGGCUCCCAGCUGCAGCAAACGAUACAGCAGCCGGUACCGCCGCCCGACCCGCCCAGAAGUCCCGAGUACGGGGCGGCCGGCCAGCAGUACGCGGGGGCGGGGUUUCCAGCGGCCGGGACAUCGCCCGGCCAGCAGCAGCAUCCGGGCGGCGGCCAGCUAGUCAGCACGAACCAAUCGGCGGGGUUUCACCACCCGUACGCCGGCGCGACCAGCGCGAACGGCGGCAGCACGUCGGCGAGCAGCUCCACUUCUUCAGCGGUUCCCCCAAACGGGGUAGCAGGUCCCUCCGUCCAAGUCUCCCAACCGAGGGGCCUGCAGAUCUACUCGAACAGCAGCAGCAGCAGCAGCAACAUGGCGGAGCAAAUGGAGCAAGCCACCCAUACCAUUACCACCAUCCUCACGCCCACCACCCAGCAGCCCAUCUGCACGGCGGGCAUCCCGGACAUCCCGGGCACCACCAUCUGCACGGGCACGCGCACCCCGGGCACCCCGGGCACCCGCACGCCCCCCACCAUGGGCAUGGGCUCGCCGCAGCCGCCGCCUCACCAUCUGCAGCAGCGGCAGCAGCAGCAGCCGCCGCAGCAGCAGCUGCCGCCGCCCACCAUCAGUUCAAUGGAGCCCUACCACCACCACCACCACCACCACAUGCAGCCGCACACAAUGCACACGCACAUCUCCAAUCCUUUAACUAUCAGCACCACCAGCAUUCCAUCCUUCCAAACCAUCCUGCCGGAGGCGCCGAGCUAUCACCUUAUUAUUGGUAAUGGGCCGCAGUACCACCCGGGGGGGCAGGGGGCCCAUCAUCAGCUCCACCAGCCGGCGGGGGACGGUGGGCAGUGGGCGGACCUGCCCACCGAUGGGACGGAGGGGCUGAUCGAGUCGACGACGGGCGGACGCACGCCGUUGGGGUUUCCCCGAUGUGCGGGGGGCGCCGAGGUGUAUCAGGGCGAUACGGCGCCCCCCUUCUCACCUAACGUACCGGAGCAGUACCACCAGCAGCAGCAGCGGUCGGGGGGUGGUGAGGCCGGCCUACCCAUCGGCAUGACGAUGCUGCACGACGGCCAGCUGACGACCGAGUCCGGCAAGUACAAGGACUACCUGCAGUCCGAGGUCGACCCGUACCAGGAGCAGCUGCUGUACCGGGUGGCCACCCCGCAGCUGGGUGCCACCGCGCCGGCCAUCUCGCCCGCACCCUGCUCCCCGAGCGUCACCUCGACGGACGUCGGGCAGACGCAGCUAGCACGAGCGCGGGGCCAGAAAGCGGGCCAAAACGGCAGCGCGAACGGACAGGCGCCGGAGAUCCACCGGUGCAUCGAGUGCGACAAGGUGUUCAACAAGGUGUGCUACCUGACGCAGCACAACAAAACGUUCCACUCGGGCGACAAACCGUACAAGUGUCACCGGUGCGGCAAGCGCUUCCCCUGCAACCAGUCGUACGAGGAGCAUCUGGCGAAGCACGGGGGCGAAAAACCGUUCAAGUGCGAGCAGUGCCCGAAGCAGUUCAACCACAAGACGGACCUGCGGCGGCACAUGUGCCUGCACAGCGGCUCGAAACCGUACGCCUGCGAGCAGUGCGGCAAGGGCUUCAUCCGGAAGGACCACAUGAUGAAGCACGCGGAAACGCACCGGAAGAAUGCGGCGGCGGCGGCGGCAGCGGCGGCCGCCGGCCACGAUGGCCCGAAGCGCCCCGGCAAGGGGCACGGCGUCAUCAAGGGCGGUGGGCGCAAGAUCGUCGGCCUGAUGGACGAAUGACGGUGGCUGUCGCUUCGCUGUCUUACACCGGAGCAGUGAAAAGCCCUCGGUGGAGCCGGCGAUCGGAGCUUGCGGAGGUGUCAGCGUACACGUGAGUGAGUGCAGCGGGAGGGUAUUGUACAUUGGAGGGGAUUUUGUUUGUUUUUUUUAUGUCGGGUGGGAGCACCGUGUGCAUGUACAGGGCUCGUGUGCGAGGUCGGAACCAUUUCGUAAGUGUAUCGUAAGCAAAGUUGUAGCCGUUUAAGUCAAGAGUGCGUGAAGAGAGUUACCUACUACAGUUUAAACCGAUGGGGGAGAGGGGUCAUCGGACCCCGUACUAUGCAUGUGCGCAUUGCCAUUUCAAAUAAAACAUUUAAAAAAAACCGGGUGCCAAACGGUGGAGGUGUUAGCCGCCCGAUAAAGUCCAUACAAUUCUACACGUGUACCAGCUACCUCAGCGUCUUUAAGCAUUAUAAUUUUCUGUUUUUUUUCUGUUCGAUUUUAAUAAAUAAACAAUCAAACUGGACUGCAAAGGCACCUGCCAGGAAAAGAGAUAGCCAAUCAGUAUAAAUAUAUGAUAUGAUUUAGUUAAAUUGUAAACGCGAAAGUAUUACGUUAUCUAGUUAAGGCGCCACCUUUAAAACCCCUUUUCCCCAGAGUCCCCGGGCGGUGUUGGGGAGCGAGGGAGCAUUAACAAACCCAGAAGCAACUCAAGAUUCCUCAGGCUGCACCGGGCAAACCUUUACGACGGUGCAGUGCACAAACGAUUCUACCUCAACAUGAGUAUGUUUUACAAAGCUCACACUUUUUCCACCAAGAUAUCAGAUCCGGAUGAAGGAAAGCCAAUGUUUUUAAGAGAGAGAGAUAGAGAGAGUGUUUAUUUUAUGGCAAAUGUAGCCACUGGCUGGAUUCUCGAUUCCUAUCUGCGUGUGCUGCAGCCGAUACGCUAUAUACAAAGCCCUAUACCUAUAUUAGUUUAUCUAGAAAGGAGACUUAACAAAACAAAAAUCAACCCAGGUGGCAGAGAUAGAGUUACCGUGUGCUGUGGGGUAGCGCACCGAAGACGGAAGCGCAUGGCAUCUUUUACUAUAUAUUUAUUAAUUGUAUUAUGUGACGGUUGCGACGGUGUUUCGCAGUAGCAAGAUAAAAAUAUACAUAUAGCUAUAUACAUACGGUGUAUCAGUACAUAAUAGAUGUGACGUACAAGUUCAAGCCAUGGAGAAGAAACUCAUCAAACACAUUUUAAAGCAAUAAAAGAAUCUACCGCGUACGCGUAGUGUACCGUAAUCGCUGUUGGACGUGUUUUGUACAUCGGGGCGUGCUUGAUCGGUUUUAAUUGAAUCGAUUGGAAAGGGACAGGGAAGGCAACAGUUCAAAUUAACGAAUCGUUAGCAAAAUGAUGGAUGAGUAUAAAAGUGUAUAAAAACAAGGAAGAGACAUAAUAAUGUCUCACACACGAAUCGUUCCGUUUUUUUCUCCUGGUGUAAUAUAUAACGUAGUGAUGUAAAGUAUUUAGAACUCAAUGUCAGCAGCUGUCAGCGUGCUCUGUUUCGUCCUAUUCUUCCAGCAAAACAGAACAGAUGAGCAUGAAAAUAUAUAAUGGGAAGCAAGUGAGGAGGUAAAAUGGAAUGAGAGAGUGGAAAAGGAGAAACAAAACAGACAAACUACCUACAAUCACGUACCUAAUCCGAUAAGGAUAUUCGAACGCGCGUCGCCAGAAGGGUUGGGAUUAAACUGGGAGACAAACAAGAUCUAAUUGAAUCCUCACCCUUCCGUGCGCCUGUGUGCGUGUGUGUCUGUAUUGUGCAUGUGUGUUUGUGGGUGUGAGUGUAGUGUUAUCAUUUUUUGCACGAACUUUUAAAAGCUCAUUAGAUUAUAACUCAGAAAAAAAAUACAGAAAGUGUAAGAGUAGCAACAAAUCACUUACAAGAACAAACUCUAUAUUAGAAAUGAAAACAUGCAAACAAAAAAGGAUAAGGGCCAACUCCUUGCAUUUCCUUCGAAUAGACUAUUGAAGAUAACGAAUGUACAAAUGAACGAUAGUGGUGCGGAAGAGAGAAAAAAAGAGAAAAUAAUAAACAAAUAAAGAAACAAAUAUGCAAACGAUGUCCGGAAGCAUUCAUUUUCCUGAACGAAGCACGCUGACUCUCAUACACAGCAACAAAAAACAAAGGCAGAUCUAAAAUAAUGCAUGAAAAUGGUACAAAGCUAGAUGAAGCGAAGAAUGAAGCAAAGCAAACAAGAAAAUGCCAAACACAGAAGGCACACUAUAUCUCGACCACGAAAAUCAAAGCACGAAACGAAACGAUAUCAAAGCUAUUAAGCUGGCACAAUAUAAUCAUCGAACUUAUCAAACCUGAAGGACUGUGGUUGUUGAGUGGUGAGUGACGAAAUGAAAGCAGAGCAACAAAGCACACACACACACAUACAAAAAACAUAUGAGCAACAUAUUGUCUAUCUCUCUUCCCCCGCCGUUACCCGGUAACGGUGCGUUAGAUUUUAUUGGACGCUAGCGAGAUUGGGUACUUUAGCGAUCGUCAGGGCGCAUGGUUGUGUUUAGAUUAGUUAAUGAACCGCCCGCCACCCGCGUGUGCGUUUGGUGGAAACUGCAAAACCAAACCGUCACCUAAUUACCGCCGGCAGGCAAAGAAAGUUACCAGAAGCGGAUUUCGAUCGCGAUCGCGAAUGACAACAGUCGUUCCGUUGAUCGAUUCCGCUAACAAAACUAUCACUUUUAAUUGUUCCUACAUUCCUAUAUAUACACAGACACACACGAUUGCUCCGGACAUGGAGAUUGCGAUGCGUGCGUGCUGGCGCAACCCAGUUCUUCCCUGUGUUCGGUCAGCGCUAGAAGUUUCGUUUUGCAUUACUGCAGUCGCGCUGUUUUCGUUAAUGGGUUUUGUUCGGGUUGCAAAUGGGCUUGAUGAUCAUGCUGAUGAUGAUGACGGUGGCGACGGCGGCGGCGGCGACGAGGUCCCGUGAAACCCGUUAGCCAGCGCAGCGCUGCUAAUUAGUCUGUGGCAACGCGUUCGGAGACGUGCCGGAGACCUAGCGUGCGUGAUUCUGCAUCGCUCUGGCUUCGGCUUAAGGUCAAGGCUUACGGAAUGCAGGCUCGUUAAGGUACGACUCCGUCUACUGCCGUUUGGUUUUCGAGUUCUGCUCGUUUCUACUGCCGACUCCGCCGUGGCGACUCAGCCAAGGAAUCGUAAAGAGGAUGGAAGCAGACAUAAGUCAAAACUCAGCAACAUGACACAAUUUGGUGGAUGGUUUACUAAAGAACGAAGAUACAAAUGGAAACUUUGCAGCCAAAAGUGAUUCUCAGGGAUACUCGUAGAAUUUAAUGUUAGGAUGUAUUUAGCAGUCUACAAAGUCGUUUUACCGUCGACGGCCGUGAAUCAACAGAAUCAAGUUUCGGAAGCGAACGCGCAAACACACACACCACACCACCACACUAUAAAACGGCGCCCAUUAAACACAUCUUACGAUUCGGUAACAUAUAGCUUGCCAAAUAUGGUUUAAGUUUGGUGCGAUUGAUUAUUUUAGGAUACUUUAAGCCAGAUCUCUAAGAUCGGCACCAUCAUUACAUUCUUCCACACGAUCGAAACAUUAGCCACUGUUGUCAGCCACUGUCGUAAACUGGCAGCAUUGAAUUGGUUCUUACUUUGGUUUAAUUUUUAUGGCGUACCACGUACCACCACCUUGCUGCUGUAAAGAUGUGAAGACACUUGUAAGCGAUAAGCGAUGAACAGCAACAUUCCUAAGUUUAACUAAUUUUAGCACACACUGGCCAACUGACCGCACCUAGGAUGAGGAGAUUAUUGAAAAAAGUUACCACAAGUUACCAAUACCAUCACCCCUCGGGAAGUAAUUGGGGCGAAGGAAAGUUGUCGUUUAAAUACAGGAAAACAUGCAAACCGUUUUAUCACUAUGCUCAAUCACUUGAAAUAAGUUUGUUAUGUAGCAAAAUAAAACACAAACCAGAACAGAUCGAUGUUGAAGGAAGCGAAGACAACUUAAAACAUGCGUAUAUACGAAAUAAGAGAAAGCCCACAAACCAACAAAAUAAGGUAAAGAAAUAAGAGGAAAAACUUAACAAAUGUGUGUAGUAUAGGAGAUAAAAUAACGAAGAUGUAUAGAGUGUGAAAAUAACAAGAGAAGAAGCAAACAUUACUCACACAUUACAAAACAAAGAGCAACACUAAAACAGAGUAAAUAAAAAGAAUGAAAACAUCUCAAAAGCUAGCGCGUAAGAACUUAAGAAAAAAAAAACAAACAAGCCAACAAAUGAAGAAACAAAUGACAAACAAAAUCCAGCAAAACAAACUGGAAAGCGAGAGAAAAUGAGAAAUUCACGCGUUGAGCUGAAUUAUCAAUAUAUACAUAUAUUGUUUAAAACAAUCGUUCCAUAUCAGUGAGCAAUGGUUGGCUCGUCAAUAUCAAGCGUUUUUAUUUUUUUUUCACGUGUUUUGCAAUAAACGUGUGCGUACAAAAAUAUAAACAGGCAACAGACGUCAACGGUGUAGGUAAGGUAGAAGCAACAUAUCUCGUUCCUGUGUGUGUGUGUUUGUUUGUGUGUGAAAGUUGUGAAAGGAAGCGCGGAAAAGCGGUAGCACAAAUAGAGAGCAAACACGCAAGACCCGGAAAAACUCGAACCAUGUGGUUGUGGAACAAACCACCAUUUAUAGCGAAAAACGACGAGCGACCGUUAAAGUAUAGUGAAAUUGAGUGGACAGGAAGGUUUGUGGGUCUGUCCUCUGUUUGCCAAUAAUUCUAUUUGUUUGUAUUGCGAACCAUCGAUACGUUACAGUAUUAAAGGGAAACAGAGAUGAAGAGAGAGAGAGAGAGAUAGAGAGAAAAAGAGUGUUUUAGAGGACACUUGCGAUGUAAACAGGAGGAGGGAGAGAGUUGGUUGUAAGCGUUCCUAAGGGUGGAUCCAUCUUCACGAGUAACACGAUCACGGCAAUAGUCCGACCCGGUGCUUUAGUUUAAGCGAUCGUUUUGUUUUUUUUUUCGGUAUUAUCAUUUUACUUAAAUAUUAAGUUAUGGCGUCCAAUUGUUAUUGAAGUGAUUUCACCGACAAUAGUUGGUGGACGAUGAAUUACGCUGCCAUGAAUUACUACCUAACCGACGUUGAGUGUCAUUGAGCCAUAGCACAAAGCAUCUUAUAUAUAUAUACACACACACGUACACAAACAGGCGUAUAUCAUGAGAAGUAAGAAGGUUAAUAGAAACUCUUUAAAAAAAAGGUUGUUAAUAAACCACACGUUGCCAUUUAGUUGUCAGUUGUUAGCUUUUAGUUAUACUGUACAUGCCAUACCAUGUUUAUUAUUAUUAUUAUUAGUUAUUACAGUGCAGAAAUAAAUCGUAAAACUUCUACAAUAAUACUCAGGCGUGCCGAGAGAGCUGUUACCUCUAUAGCACACAUACAAAAGCAAACUACAAGUACAAUGAAACGGCAGGGAAAAAAAUAAAAAUAAAAAAGAUAAGUGUUUAAUCACAAAACACAACGCAAAGUUCAUUUACAAGAGUGUGUCUGUGUGUAUUAGAGAAGAAUGAAGAACAUAUUGAUACACGUAAAGCCAUCAAACAUGAUUAUAAAACAAAUACAGCGCACACACACAAACAAAACCAAACCCGGUUACAAGUGUAUGGAAAAA